AAAAAAACCCAAUAAUGCAAGAGACGUCGCUGAAUUAAGCGUUACAAGAGACGUCUCUUACGGGACACGCGUCAUAAGGGCGACGUCUCUAUCUCUCUCAUCUCUCUUUCUCUCCCUUGGUGGCUCCGGUCGAGCUCUUCCGAUGGUGCUUCCCCUUCCAGUCCUUCGAGGUCCGUAAGCUCUGUUUUACUUUCUCUCUCUUUGUUCUGCUCUCUCUCCCUCAACGAUUGAUCUCGGAUUUGAGGGACAUGGUCAUCACCACCAUCAUCAUCGGUCCAUAGCAGGGACAUGGUCAUCACCACCAUCAUCGAUUCCACAAGAGAGGAAAGAAGAGAACGGUGGAGGCGGUGUGGUUUACUACGGCCCAAUCUCAUCAACAUUGGGGAAAUCAGCUUUGAGUGGUUGCAGUUUAUUCUCCAUAAAUGCCUCCAUUGAUGUUAUUAGUUUCUCAGGGGUCUUGCUUUGAACCGGAGUUGAGAUGUGAGAAAGAACCUUAUCUCUAAUCAUUGAGAUUAGUUCAAUAUAUGGAUUUGUUGACAGCACUGGAGUUGACUCUUAGGAAAGCUCGUGCUCAUGGUAGUGUUGUUCGUGCUCUCCACGAAAGCGCUAAGCUUAUUGAGAAGGGUGUUGCUCAGCUCUGUGUAUUGGCUGAUUACGUCAAGCUUGUUAAGGCUCUAUGUGCUGAUCACAGCAUCAACUUGCUUACCGUUCCAAGUGCCAAGACCCUCGGCGAAUGGGCUGGUCUAUGCAAGAUUGACUCCGAGGGUAAUGCUAGAAAGGUUGUUGGACGCUCAAAAUUCUCUAGAAGGGAGGAUAGUUUACUUCACUCAACAUGUGGAACACCCAAUUAUGUUGCCCCAGAGGUAAUCAAUAACAAAGGUUACGAUGGAGCCAAAGCUGAUUUGUGGUCUUGUGGAGUGAUUCUCUUUGUUUUAAUGGCUGGAUAUUUGCCUUUCGAAGAUUCUAACUUGGCCUCAUUAUAUAAAAAGAUAUUCAAAGCCGAGUUUACCUGCCCUCACUGGUUCUCUGCAAAGGCAAGAGCUUCUACUGGACUGAGUAGGUCCGAAGUCAUUUUUUAUAAUGGACAGAGGAUUACAUUUGCUGAAGUCAUUGAAAACGAGUGGUUUAAUAAAGGGUAUAAAGCACCCAAAUAUGAAAAUGCAAAUGUCAGCCUUGAUGAUGUUGAUGCAAUUUUUGAUGAAUCAGGGGAGUCCCAAAAACUUGUUGUGGAGAGGCGAGAAGAAGGACUUAGAACACCAGUAACUAGGAAUGCUUUUGAGCUCAUUUCAACAUUCAAGGGUCUCAAUCUCGGUUCACUUUUCGAAAAGCAAAUGCUUGUAGGAGAGAAAUCAGGCCGCAAGGGUCAAUUAGCAGUAACGACUGAGGUUUUUCAAGUUGCUCCAUCGCUAUAUAUGGUUGAAAUGAGGAAAUCAGGGGGUGACACCUUGGAAUUCCACAAGUUUUACAAGAACCUCACCACGGGUCUUAAGGACAUCGUUUGGAAAACAAUCGACGAAGUGAAAGAGGAAGGAACCCAAGUUUCAGGUGGUGCGGUGGUUGCUUCUUGAUACCCGGCCAAAUUGUCUACGUAUGCUUCUAAUAUUAUUUAGAUAUUGUUCUGUAUAAAUUGCUUUGUGGGGAUUGUGAGUGUGGUUUUGAAGUUAUACAAAAGAAACCGUCAUGAAGUGGAGCAAAGGAGCAAAUUGGAAACUACAUUGGGGGAAUUUGUUAAAAAAAAGUGAUAAUAAUUGUUAAUCUUUGUUUGAUUCCACUGGAAUGUUGUGAAUAACGAGUAUAGCUUGAAACUGAUAAACUGUAAAUUUAAAAGCUUUACGUAUUUGGACGUUUUUAAGAAUUUACAUCAAAGUAGUGAAUACGGGACAUUUUAUAAUACAUAAUUGUGUUCA